CAUCAUUUUUUUAAAUAAAAGAUCAUUUUUACUUAUAAAAAUGAUUCAAUUCAGUAUAUCCGCACCGGGCAAGGUGAUUUUACACGGAGAACAUGCGGUAGUAUAUGGAAAAACUGCUCUUGCAGCUAGCUUAAAUUUACGAACUAAGCUCAAAUUCAACGAACAAGAUUUAAACAAUAUCGAUAUAAAUUGUCCUGAUAUUCAUUUGUGUUUAAGUAUACCUUUAGAUGUAAUUUUAGAGUGCUUUCAGCCUUCUUACCCGUUUAACGAGAAUACUAAUCGAUUACUUGAUCAAGUCGAACAAUUUAUCACCUUAAAAAAAGAUUUUUCUGGCACAUAUACCGGUUCAAAGCAGCAGAAGUUAAGCUUGCAAGCGAUACUUUAUUUGCUCAUUUAUAUCGCUUAUGAAGAACAGAUGCAAAUUAAAUCUUUCUCCCUGCAUUUAUCUACGGAAUUAACGAUCGGCGCAGGUUUGGGUAGUUCGGCAUCGUUUGCAGUUUGUAUUGCAGCGUGCUUUUUCCACUGGGCACGUCUACAGAAGAGUGAUGUUCAUAAUACAUUCAACGAAGACGAUCUCGAGAAAAUUUCAAAAUAUGCUCUGAGCUGCGAGCGAAUUAUGCACGGUUCUCCUUCUGGAAUCGACAACAGCGUAUGCACAUAUGGCUCAAUAAUAAAAUUCCAACGGGGAGAGCCAGUGAAUAUACUGCCUAAUAUGCCAAGCUUGAAUAUUCUGUUAGUUAAUUCGAUGAUCAGUCGGAAUACGAAAGAUCUGCUAGAACGAGUGAUAAAGAUGAGACAAUCUUAUCCCGCAAUCAUUGAUCCGAUCUUCGACAGCAUUGAUGCUGUAUCAAAGGCGGCUCUUCAGAUACUUCGUGAAAUAUAUGAUAUUCAGUCAACUAAUGAUGCAGAUCUCCUGGAAUCACGAUACAAAAACUUAUUUGCUCUCGUCCGUACGAAUCAAGCAUUACUUAGUGCAUUAGAUGUAUCACAUUCGAAGCUGGACAUCAUUUGCUCAAUAGCACGAGAUCACUCAUUUGCGGGGAAACUCACAGGCGCUGGUGGAGGUGGAUACGCAUAUAUUUUGUUACAGCCAAAUAUUGAUGACAUACAUAUUACGUUCCUCUGUGAAUUAUUAACAAGAGAAGGUUUCGGUGUCAAUAGAACCAGUUUAGGUUGCAACGGAGUGACGAUUGAACAUAUAUAAUGA